AUGUUCGGACCGUUGGAUCGAGCUGAAACUCACAUGUCAGACUUGAUUAGACGUCGUAGGGCGGUGACGACUACACCGAGUUCGGAGCCCCCGGCUCAGCCGGUAUCAGCUGCCACUGCUCCAGCACUGAUGGAGCAGGCCCACGUGCUAGCUGGUCCUGGGGGGAUCCCAGGCGGCUGCAUCAUCAUCUUCUUCGGUGGUGCAGCCUCUUAG